AUGUUUUUUUCACUUACAGGUAUCCCACUUGAGUUCAUUCGCAAACUUGAAGACAUCUCGCUCUCUAAAGUUCCUCCUCAUCCGAUCGUUCUUGAGGCUGAGUUGUCUAGGAAAUCGAAAGAUUCGGUGAUUUGGCUAAAAGACGGAAAGCCUUUGAAGACCGGCAAGAAGAUUCGCCUCGAGGAGGCCCAAAAUGGUCUGUUACAUCGUGUAAUCUUAGACCAAAUUUCUGAAGAAGAUGUGGGCGUCUACACAAUCUUUGCAGAAAAGAAAUCUUCUACAGGGAAUUUUGAUUUAAAAGGUUAA